AUGGACUACUUUGCAAAGUUCAAAAAGAGGAUUUUCAAACGAUACGUUGGAAUAAUGUUUACAGAAGCAACUCAUGCUCUCCAGAACAUCUUUGAUGCCGAGGACCGCAAAACUCACGUCCAUGUCGACCAAACCGAGAUUCCAGACAAACUCCGUCAGAUGGUAGACAUGCUUGUGGAUGAAGAAGCAAGGCAGGAAGAUACUACAACUGGCGUUUGCAUGGAGUAUUUCUUAAAAAAUGGUGUACUCCAUUACCUCGUCAAUGUGUCUGAGAAAUCAGACUAUCCUGCAGGUGUUCGAGGAGAAGCCAUCCGCACCGUAGCAAGCAUGGUUGAUCUUCUCGAUGACCGUUUUCUUGUCCACAAUGCCGUCCACAAACCAACCAUCAAACUUCUUCGUUUCUGUGUCCUAGAUGAGCGCCAAAGCGAACACUACCACGAAGACCUUGUUGACCUAAUGUACAUCAUCUGCUCCAAGAUUCACGGGUUUCCCGCUCUUCUCAACAUCUUCUUUCACGACAAGCAAUGGCUCACCACUCCACAAAAGACUACUUUCCAUCUACGGGACACCAGAAAUACAGACCCAAAGGCAACAACCCAGCCAGAUGAUCCUAAGAAACCCGAAUAUGAGUUUUUACUUUUCACUUAUCUACUGCGCUUUGUCCACCGUGAAGGUCGGACAGGCGACUUUGCCAGAACUGGCUUGUUGUUUUUGAUGGAAAUGGCAACUGAGCAGCUUGGAGAUUUUAUUCUCGAAUCAGACUUUGCCACCAUUAUGGCUGCCGGUCUGGGAGCCCUGUACUCACAGCUGCCUCGAAAAUUGGUAGUUAAAGAUGAAGCCGAGCUACGUUACGACACCGCGUCAUAUUUGCUCGGCCAGGACGACAUGCGACCCGUGCCUUUGGUGAUGGGUUUAGCCAUGUCUAGUUCUGUUGAAUUCAAAAGCCAGAUUGAUUCUUUUCUCAAAUUGCUCGAAUUCUGUCAGGACGUCCUGACUCGUUGUCCAAACGUAGAAAUAUCUUUUGCUCUCCUAAAGAGUAUUCGUACAAUAUUCCUCGACAAUAUCCUCUAUCCCUCAAUUCUCGAAUGUUCUGAUAUCGACGGCUCAUCAGUAGCCGUCAUUAGUUACAUUGAUCUCAUUCUGCAGACACUGCAGCAAGAAGAGCUUUCAAGUGUGAUAGUUGGCUUUUUGAUGGAUGAAACGGCCGAAGAAAACGUACGCAUGGAACGAAAAUCCUCAAAUGUGUAUGCCGGAGUAGAGUCGGAUCCAAUCAAAAGCUCACCUUACUUUACAGCAGUUGAAAGAUUUACCCUCAAAGACCUCAUCUUUAGUCGACUCAAGUCCAUCUCACAACCGACUGUGAUUGCAACUCUCAAACUACUCAAGACACUAAUCACUCAUCACUGUCGCUACUCCCUUUUACUUCUGUCAAUCAUCCCUGACACGGAGAAGAAUCAGCAGGGAAAUGCGACGAUCAUCUCACACCAUUUGCGUGAAAUGGAACUUUAUUUCUCGCUUUUGACAUCAAUUGACAACUCGCAUGCUAAGGAAGUCAGUGAAACUGGGUACGAUAGUUACCUCCAAGACAUCGAGGCCACACUGGAACGCGAUGGGUGCUAUGUUGGGUUGACCCAGAUUGACCCACCUUCGCACGGCAGGCCACACAAGGCCAGGCGCCGACGAAGUUUCAAAUAUGGCCAGCGUCUGGAUGACAGUCUGCCUAACCAAGAAGAAGAAGAUGGCCGGGAUCUCCAGACCUUACUUGCGCGCCAGUCGACGCACUUUCGCCACCACAUUCGUCCCACAGACCCGCUUUUGCAGAUCCUGCUCGGAUUGCUCAGCCAUUUCUUUGCACAGUCCCCCGAACUUAAUCUUGCACUGACUGGCGUGAUUGCGGCGCUGGCACUGUGUCCGUACCGUAGUCUGGAGGGCUGGAUCUCUUUCCGGGAAGCAGACCGGACUAGCCCCGAGGACAUCCUUCUUUUGGACAACACUCCUCAGCCUGAAGCGCCGGAUCGUAUUCGUUCCAAGGAUAUAUAUGCGCACUUUGAUAGUAGCUGUGUUGACGAGGAUGACUCUGAGGACGACCGCUCAAUAGACUUUGGCUUGGAACGCAAUUCAACUCAGAUGACCUCACCGACCUACUUCAAGUCAUUCCCCCCUUUCUUUACACUCUACCGCACUUUGACGCAGCAGGUAGAUUAUUACCGCUCAGAGCUUGAUGAAUUUGAUGAACUCCUGGAUGAGCGCCGCCAGGGUUUGCAUGAAGAAGUAACAGAGCGUAUUCCGUCUCAAGCACACCACAGCAUAUACACCCAACCCCCUGCUGUUUUAACAAUGUCUGCGUCCACAUCGACCCGCCGCCCAUCACUCCACCCCAAAGACACUCCACCACCCACAAUGAACGGCAGACGUCCUUCUGUGCUUCUCAGACCAUCCGUGUCGACUGGUACCGCAACUGUCAAACCGCCCUCACCUGUCCAACCCUUACCCUCAAAUCCCAUCACCUCCAACCCCCUUUCCCGCCUCGCUAUGCACGCCAGAAAAACUCAAGACAUGCGCAUCCAGCCCCUUUUCCCCUCGAACUUCAUCAGCGAGUUUGAGGAACCCAUUCUUGAUCUUGACGCUGAAGAUGAAGACACCUUUGCGCCAAAGUCAAAUCCUUCUCAAUCACGGAGAAUGGACAAAAGUACAGAAAUUUCUAUUGCUAUGUUAUUGAACAAUGUCGUGAUUCUGGAAGAAGCUAUCAAGGAACUCAUUGCAUUGAUGCAAGUUCGUCAUAGUCUGGGAAUUGAUACCAUUCAAUACACUUGAAAAGUUGUAUACAUUUUUUCUUUUAAAGAAAUCACACGCACGCACGCACGCACGCACGCACACAUAUACAUACACACAUAUAAAAAUAAAUAUUGAUAUUUGCAU